AUGGAAAGCACGUUCAAGACGAGUAAAUCGAUCAAAAUAAAGGCCGGAGGAUAUGCAGAGUGCUUCUCUGCAUGUUCGCAUUCCGAGAAGUGUGCAGGCUUUUCCUACAAGGGCACUGAAAGGGGGACGUGCCAUCUCAAGUCUCAAAUGCCCGAGAACAUGUAUGUGGUGGAGGGCAGUAACUUUGUCUCAUGUGCAAAGACCAACUCGACGGCGGCAGCACCAGGAGCUACAGAAGCAGCCAGCAGCAGUUCAAGCCACACCAACCGCACGAUCAUCAUCGUCGGCAGUGUGCUAGGAGGCAUAGGCUUUCUCGUCAUCCUCCUAGUCCUCUUCGCUUUCUUCGCCAAACGCCACCGCAAGAAAAUCGAGAACCGCCGCGCAACCACCACCCACGUCAUCCAAGGUCCCUUCGAAAGCGAGCAGCUCAACUCCGCCGGCUAUCAGAGGCAGGAGAGCUCAGCGAACGAUGUCUUCGCGCCCUUUGGAGGCUUCUAUCACAGCGGCAGCAAGAGCUGUUCUGAUCUCGCUGAGCAGGCAGACGUAACCGUGGCGAACAAGUGGACAGGCAGCACGCCGCCUGGGAUGAGGGCUGAGGGUGGGUUCGAGUUGCUGAACGUCGGUUACCUGCCGUCGCCGAAGCAGCAUGUGGGCAAUCUUGCGAUGCCGGACCCUGCAGCAUUCAGGCCUAGGUCGACGGACUCGGGCUCGAGGUCUCCGAGAUUCCAUGAGCAUCUGGAUGACUACGAUACUCGACUCGAUCCUCCUUCGACGGUUAUGAUGAACGCCUCGCCUGCGAACGACUCUCCGACGCUUGGACGGCUUCGGACACCUGUCCCUGCUUCGCCGCUGGCAGAUCACGUCCGGCGACAGCAGUUUCUGGCUUACCAGACUCCACCAGUGCAUAACGGAGCACACUACAAUGCAGGCUCGAGCUUCGAGAGAGAUGCUGUAUCGAACGAGGCUUACUCUGGCCGAAGCACGAGCCCAGUGAGCCCGGUAUCAAACAAUGACCCUGUGGACCCCGACUUCAGCGUCUCGCCUUUGUUCGGCUCGAAUGGCCGCCAGCGGUGGUAA